AUGCCGUGCGGCCACAUCCACUUCCGGCGCAUCAUCAAGCCCCACACGGACGUCUCGCUCGGCGACUGCUCGUACCUCGACACGUGCCGGCACAUGGCGACUUGCCGCUUCAUCCACUACGAGGUGGACCACACGGACGCGCAGCGCAUGCGCCAGGGCUCGGCCCAGCUCGACCCGUUUGCGCGCACCGCGACCAACCGCGUGGACGACGACCCCUUCUCGCGCCACUACGAGUCUCAGUUUGUCAACUGCGACAUCCGCACCUUCCCGAUGCAAACGCUGGGCAAGUUCCCGGUCAUCAUGGCGGACCCGCCGUGGGACAUCCACAUGGAGCUCCCUUACGGGACCAUGUCCGACGACGAGAUGCGCCGGAUGAACGUGCAGGUGCUGCAGGACGACGGCGUCCUCUUCCUGUGGGUGACUGGGCGGGCGAUGGAGCUAGGGCGCGAGUGCCUCGAGAUCUGGGGGUACCGCUUCGUGCAGGAGCUGCUCUGGGUCAAGACCAACCAGCUGCAGCGCAUCAUCCGCACGGGGCGGACCGGCCACUGGAUCAACCACUCCAAGGAGCACUGCCUCAUCGGCGUCAAGGGCGACCUCGACGACCGGUUCAACCAGAACCUCGACUGCGACGUCAUCUGCGCGGAGGUGCGCGAGACGUCUCGCAAGCCCGACGAGAUGUACGACCUGCUCGAGCGGCUCGCGCCGGGCCAGCGCAAGCUCGAGCUCUUCGGGCGGCCGCACAACGUGCACAAGGGCUGGACCACGCUCGGCAACCAGCUCGGCAAGACGCAGAUCGCGGAGCCGUGGCUGAGGCAGCACCUGCUCGACGAGGGCGUCUUCGAGCCGCAAGACCUAGCGCCGAUGCCCACGCCGCCCCGCGACCCGCUCGUGCCGCCCUGGGGAGGGCACGACCCGCCCGAGCGGCUGCCAAGGGAGGGCAUGCAGUGA